UUCUGUGCUGCCGUGGAUGUGAAGUCCUCGCCGUGCUGCCUCUGCCUCUUCUCCCCCAGAAACUCCAAGGGCCCUGAAUUUGCAGCCCCAAAAGAAAAAGAAAUCCAUCUGGCUGGAUCUGGGUGGAAGAUGGACCAGGGGGUGAAUAGCAGGAGGGAAGAAAGAGUGAAGUUGGUGAUUUUUCUGGCACAUGGAUGCAAUUACACUCGGUGCAUUCCAGAGGCGUUCCUUUGAAUCCUGUGCAGGUCUGCCUGCCGUCCUUGGGAGAGAGGAAGAAAAAGAAAAAGGGAGGAAAAGUCCCUCUUGCUGGGAGACGGAAUGUCUGCAUUUUCAAUCCUCUUUUUAGCUUCCUGCUCCGUUUGGCUCUGCGAGGCUCAGACCGAGUUCAAGAGGGUGGCAGAAGAAAACGUGACCCUGCCCUGCCACCACCGCCUGGGGCUGCUGGAGCAGGGCAGCCUGGACAUCGAGUGGCUGCUGCACAUCUCCGAGACCGUGCAGAAAGCGGUGAUCACCUACUCUGGGGGCCGUGUUUAUGAUGACCUGAACGAGGAGCAGAAGGGCCGUGUCUCCUUCACCUCCAACUUCCUUGCUGGAGAUGCAUCCCUGCAAAUCAUCUCCCUGCAGUCCAGCGAUGCAGGGAAAUACAUCUGCAAGGUCAAGAACGCUGGCCAGUACGAGUGGGCUCGCAUCACCCUCAAGGUUGUGGAGAGACCCUCCAAGCCCAAGUGCUGGCUGGAGGGGGAGCUGCUGGAAGGGAAGGAGCUGUCCCUGCAGUGCCGCUCCGCCUCGGGCACUGCCCCCAUCUCGUACCGCUGGCAGCGCCUCAGCGAGGAGGACGAGAGAGCCGAGCAGCUCCCGCCCAACUCCAGAGUCAACAUCUCGAACCCGGGGCAGGUGCUGCUGAAGAACCUGACCCAGAUGAGCACGGGGCUGUACCAGUGCGUGGCCACCAACGAGGCGGGGCAGGAGAGCUGCGCGCUGCAGGUGACAGUGCAGCAUGCACAAAACAUCAGCAUGAUCGCCGGGGCAGUGUGUGGAGUGGUGCUGGGGCUCUCCCUCCUCUUCCUGGUGGUGAGGCUGACCAUAAGGAGGAAAGAAAAGAAGAGAUACGAGGAAGAGGAGGCACCCAAUGAAAUCAGGGAAGAUGCCGAGGCACCCAAGGCGCACCUCGUCAAACCCGGCUCGUCCUCCUCGGGCUCCCGGAGCUCCCGCUCGGGUUCCUCCUCCACCAGGUCCACAGCCAACAGUGCCUCCCGCAGCCAGCGGACUUUGUCCACCGAAGCCACCCCGCACCUGACCCCUCCCCAGUACGGCCAGCGCCAGCUGGACAGGAAAGAAGAGCCCAAAAAAGUCGAUUACAACCACCUGGUGAAGGUGGCGGUGCCCGCGGUGAUGGUGCCCGCGCAGAGCCGCGCCUUCCAGACCGUGUGACAUCCCCGGAGCCUGUGUGACAUCCCCUGUCCCCAGCGCCACUUGUCACAGCACCGGCCACUUCGCAGCGCUAGGGCAGCCUCAUCUUCAUCACUCGGGAUCGUUCACGCCGCCAGAAGCCCUCCCGCUCGCUUCUUUCUGAGCCUCACUAAGGUUCUGAUGCAGAUUUAAGAAAGAUUUGUUGGAGCUUCUUUUUAAAUUAUCUUUUUUUUUUCUUUGAAAAUGGAACACUGAGCAUUAAAAACCUACGACAGCAAAGCUGUGCUGUCGAGUGAAACUGUAUGAGUGAAAAGAAGCUGAACCUCAGGAUUUUUUAAAAGGGAUCGACAAAGACUUAAAGAUGCAUGAUAUUCCAGAGAGGUUUUGUGGGGAGGGAGAAGUCUCUCGGACUGGUUUUGGAGAAGGUUCUCGAAGAUGUGUUGUCUUAAGUGAAGAAUUUUGAGGCUGAGGGUGUCCAGCCCCAAAGGGAACUGACAGGUGCUUCACAUUUUCUGCAUUCAGUGAAAUUCUGGAGGCUGCAACUAAAGUGGAAAUUAAAGGAUCACUCCCAAAGGACAAGAGAUGCAGUAUUAAGGCGUCUGAACGAAACUCUGCUAAAGAGAAAGGACCUUUUCUCAAGAAAACAGAGGUGCUUUAAUUGCCAGAAUAAACUUAGGGCCAGGAGCCUGACUCUGCUUCCACGGGCAGCACUGCAGAGCCACGGGAGCCCCACUGGAGGGGAGCCCCUGGCUGCUGAGCCUUAGAGAGGAGAACUGGGCACUGAAGCCAGCAGGGAGGCAGUGAAAUGGGCACUGAAGCCAGCAGGGAGGCAGUGAAAUGGGCACUGAAGCCAGCAGGGAGGGCCACCAAUGCACCAAAAAGCCAGGAUGGAGCGUUGGAAGAGCUCUCGGUCACUGCCAGCUGGAGAAUUGGCCAGGUUUGGGGGGAGCUGUGCUGGAGAAGCCUUAUGGAAAGUUCUCCCCGGGACUGAGUGAGCAGCAUUCCCCAGGGAAGGCCUGAAGGGUUCCCUGGCAGAGGAAAACACACCUGGGACAGGUGAACAAGCACAAAACGCUGCUCCCACCAGGACAUUUGGUGUGUGCUGUCCCACUCCUACACCAAAUGCUGGGCCAUGUGCCAGGGCUGACGCUUAAACCUUUAGCAGGACCCUUAAAAAAUGGCAAGAAUUGUAAAAAUUUUUUUUUGUGAGCAACCAGGUUAAGUGUUUCCACGGAAUAUGAAGUUAGGAAAGGAUGGGAGGUAGGGACAGAAGCAGAAUUCUGUCGCUGAUGUUUUCCUCUGAAGGACUUGGCUCUGACCACUGCUACACACAAGACACUGAGCUUGUAGGUUCUAGAUUCCUGUAUUCCUAGACUGGUGAUUUUCUGUUUCAAAAAUGAGGGUGUUUGGGGUUUUUUUCCCCACUGGAGGGAGGGAAAGGGUUUCUCCAAUUUGUGGAAAGAGCCUACAGAAGAUGGAUGAGCACAGAAGAACCACAGAUCUAUAAUUCUUUCACUCCAGGAUUGUUAUUAAUCUCCUUUUCUGAUUGAGACCCAGAAUUUUAAUUCCUUUACUUGAGAUCUUCGAUGACCUGAUCAAAGCCAAGCCCUGCUCAGGCUACUUCCAUAUGGGAAAGAGUUUCCAAACUUGCCCUACACUGUGUGAGAACUUCUCUUCCUAGGAACAGUCACUCAAAAUUCCAUUUCUCUACCCCAGAUUUAACCCUUGCAGGACAAAUUCCUGAUGCUGUGCAGGGAAAACAAUCCCAGUUUUAAUAAGGGAGGCCUGGCAUGAGGUGUUUGAUAAGCUGCUCCUGCCACCCCUGCUGGGGGUGGAUACUCUGCCAUUCCACCCUGGAUGCUCCGGGAUCCAUCCUGGAUCAGCUGGGUGGGAAACAGCAGCUCUGUGUGCCUGGGAUUCCUCUGCAGUUGGUUUUAUCCUGAGCUCUGAAGGUUCAGAUGCUCCAAAGCACUCCUGAGCCACUCCAGAGCUGGGAAAAUUCCAAAAGCAGGCACAGGAUGGUGAAAGCAGCUGGUGGGUUCUUCUGUGGGUGCUCACUGUGCUGAACAUUCCCUGAGCUGCCCCCGAGUGAUGGGCUUCUGCUCCAGCCAGGUUUCAUGAGCUCUCAGAGAGCUUAGCACACCCGAGAUAGCCCAGCUACCCCAAAUGGCAUAAAACCAGCAGGAUGGCUUCUGAGGUGGUGUUGGAAACAGAAAAAAGGUUCAAUAAAAGACAAAAUAACAAAGCUCUUACAGAGAAAAACCAAACCAGGGGCAAGAGGUUCUUGCUGCUGCUAAAACACCCCACAAAAGCGAUUAUUUCUUUGUUCUCUUCUUAGUGAAUUACCCAGGCCAGACCUCUUGGCCUCUGUCCACUCAGCCCCAGUUCUAAGGUGAAGUCCAAAAGGUCCUAUGAGGUGUCUUUGUACCAAAUUGAGAGAGAAACUACUAGGCUUUUUGCCUUUUUAAGCAGGCAAAGAAUAAUUUAAUCACUCUGUCAGCAGAGGGAACAUUCCAACAUUCCCACACCUGAGCAUCCUCACCCCCAGGAGUGCUUUCCCUGAGCCUCCAGGAGCUCUCACCACAAAGCCAGCGUGACAGUCCCAGCAGCUGAGCUGGCCAAAGGCUCUGGGGCACCUUUGGUCCCAGCCCAGGCUGGUAAUUAGCAGAGAGGAUCCUCUGCAGCCUGGAGGGAGGAGAAUUUGCCCUGGCAGGAUUUCCUGGAGCCGCUGGGCAGCCCUGGCAGCCUCUGCUGCUGCGGAACCCCGUGCUGGGAGCUCUGCUGGCAGGGCUGAGAGCUCUGGGGGCUUGGGGAGGGUCAGGCAGAGGGGCAGAGGCUGGGGCAUCCUCUGGGGGAUCCAUCCUGGCUGCCCCAAGCCCUGCUGGCUCGGAAUUCCCAACCUGCCCAGGUAUCUGCUCCAGCCCACACAUCCACUCACAGGGAAGGGUAAAGUUCAUCACCAAAGGGAGCAGGAGAAAGGGAUCAUUCCAAAGGUACUCUAUUUUCCAAGCUCCAGCCCAUCAGGAGUUGCACAAGGGAAGCAAAUAAGCCAAACCCUGUUUUGUAAAAUAGUGUAUUAAAGCAUUUACUGUCAUAUACCAGCUAUUAAUUGUGUGAUUAAAUGCCUACCAUGUUAUGUAGCUUUUUGUUUCUCAGCAGCUAAACUAAGCUUCCAUCUCUGCUACCUGCUAUGAUUGGUGUACUUGUACUGUGUCUGAACAACUCAGAGGAAAGCAAAUAUUUAUUAUUGAUUCCUUUGAAUCAAUGAUUUAAUAAUUUUUUUUUGGUUGGUUGU